AUGGUCACCGGCUGUGCCACCUUCUGCUCCGGUGGUGACGCCGGGAGCCUGCCAAAGAUCGCAAUUAAUGGCAUCCACAACAAGAACAGCUACGGCGUGGGCUGCUGUCAGGCGCCCAUCCCCACGUCCAUAGACGACAUGCCCAACGAGCUGAUGCUGAGCUUCGAGUUCGCCGACCUCGUGCAAAACGUGUCAUGUGCAUACGGGCUGAUCGCGGAGGAAGGCUGGUUCGACAACCACCUCAUCUCCGAUCUGCGGCUACAAUCGCUUCAACCAAACUCAAGGUUUGCUCCCAUAGUUCCUGUCGUUUUACACUGGGCGUUGUUGCCGCUGGCAGGCUUACCCGAGGCCGACGCCAACGCCAAGCCUGUUGAGGUAGCUACCGGCAUCUGCUCCAGCAAGCGCCAUUGUAUAUCUUGGAACAGAGGCUACUAUUGCCAGUGUGAUGGUGGCUACAUCGGCAACCCAUACCUUGUCGACGGCGGGUGCACAAAAGAAGCUCAAAAGGAAUUCAUGACCGCGAAAAGUGCACUUGUACUUGAAAUUGUCGCCUGUGUAGUGAUGGGCAUUGCGAUAAUCAUGGUAGUGGUCGCAAGAUGGGAAGGCAUAAAAGAUAUCAGGGCAAACAAGUUAAAACGGAAAUUCUUCGAGAAAAAUCAUGGUCAGUUGUUGCAGCAGUUGAUUUCUCAGAGUGCCAGUAUUGCAGAAAGUACGAUCAUGACCUUGAAAGAGCUAGAGAAGGCAACACACAAUUUUCACAAAGAUCUUGAGGUUGGUGGUGUAGGGCAUGGUACAGUUUACAAAGGGAUUUUACCGAACCAACAUGUUGUAGCCGUCAAGAAGCCAAACAGAAUGGUGCAGAAGGAGAUCGACGAGUUUAUCAAUGAGGUGGUUAUUCUAUCACAAAUCAACCAUAGAAAUGUAGUAAAACUCUAUGGUUGUUGUCUUGAAACUGAAGUCCCAAUAUUGGUCUAUGAGUUCAUAUCCAAUGGGACCCUUUAUGAGCAUCUUCAUCUCGAAGGCCCAAAAUCAUUGUCUUGGGAUCACAGGUUGAGGAUAGCCAUGGAGGCAGCAAAAUCCCUCGCAUAUCUUCACACAGCCGCUUCAACACCUAUCAUCCAUAGAGAUGUUAAGUCUGCCAACAUACUUCUAGAUGAUACUCUCACAACAAAAGUAGCAGAUUUUGGAGCAUCAAAGAAUAUUCCAGUCGAUAUAUCUGGUGUUGCUACAAGGGCUCAAGGCACGAGAGGGUACUGGGAUCCUAUGUACUUUUACACAGGAUGGCUCAUGGAGAAGAGUGAUGUUUAUAGCUUUGGGGUUGUCCUGGUAGAACUGUUAACAAGGAAGAAACCAUUUUCAUAUUCGUGGUCUUCGGACAAAGAUGAAGUCGGUCUUGUUGAACAUUUUGUUAACUUGUUUGAAGAAGACAAUUUGCUCCAGAUAUUAGAUCCACAAGUUAUCGAGGAAGGUGGCAAAGAAGUCAAAGAAGUGGCCUCUGUUGCAGUUGCAUGCAUAAAGUUAAGAAGAGAGGAUCAGCCCACGAUGAGACAAGUGGGGAUGACACUUGAAGGUACACGCACAUCCAAGGAUCAUGCUUUAGAUAAUGCAUUUCCAUCUGAAGAAGUUGAAAGCAACACAAACAGGUCGAUCAGACGGUAUAGUAUGGAACAAGAGUUCAUAUUGUCUGCAGAGUAUCCUCGGUAG